CUCUCCAAGUUAAAGCAAAAGUUGAAAAGGACCGAUGAUUACCCAUCAGCGCUGUUAAAGAUCUGACCCCCCUUGACGCAAGUCUGUCUCUCUGCGGCUCCCCCUCUGGAUCAAUCUGCUCGACCAGAGGUUUCACCUGUUGGGAUGAAGAUCAGCCGAGGAUCACCGGAGCAGCAGCUGCAUCUGCUGCUGCUGCUGCUGCUGCUGCUGGCAGGAGUUUGCGUUGUCGGGUACAAGCCUGUCAUCAUUGUUCAUGGCAUUUUUGAUGGACCAAAACAGUUCAAAACGCUGUCUCUCUACAUAAGCAAGACGCAUCCAGGCACCAAGGUGACAGUGAUCGACUUGUAUGACAACCUGGCCAGUCUGAAGCCAAUGUGGACGCAGGUCCAAGGCUUCAGGAAAGCCAUCGACUCCAUCAUGAGGAAGGCUCCUGAUGGUGUCAAUCUUCUGUGCUUCUCACAAGGUGGUCUAAUAUGUCGAGCGCUUCUCUCCACGACUCCGGACCACAACGUGCACACCUUCAUUUCGCUGUCAUCGCCACAGGCUGGACAGUACGGAGACACAGACUACCUGAAGUGGGUGUUUCCAGACUGCGUGAAGAAGACAGUGUUUCGUAUUUGCUACAACAGACUUGGACAAAAGGUGUCUCUUUGUGACUACUGGAAAGACCCUCACCACAUGUCCCGCUACCGGCAGGGCAACAGCUUUCUGGCAAAGCUCGACGGUGACACACCUCACAAUAACAUGAAAGCGUGGAGGGCGAACUUCCUGCGCAUCAAGAAGCUCGUGCUGAUUGGAGGUCCGGAUGAUGGCGUCAUCACACCAUGGCAGUCCAGCCACUUUGGAUUCUAUGACAGCAACGAAAAUGUUGUAGAAAUGAGGAACCAGGAGUUUUACAAGAACGACACGUUUGGGCUGAAGACGCUGGUGGCUCGCAGGGCCGUGUCGGUGUGCGUUCAGUCUGGGGUGAAGCACGUUCAUUGGCACUCCAACUUCACAGUAUUCAGGACCUGCAUAGAGAAGUGGCUCACAUGAAACCAACAAGGUGAUACUCGACAGAAAGAGAUCAAAAAUAACACACGGUUAUGCUUGUGAAUACUGUAAAAAAGGGCUCAUGCUUGUCCAAAGGUGUGCAGUUAUUUUGUAAAUCAAAGAAAAAAAGCAAUGAACUUUGUGUUUACUGCUAAUUAUUAGCAUCUAACAUGCUUAACUAAGAUAGUGAGCACUGUAAACAUUAUACCUGCUUAGCAUCAGCAUGUUAGCAUCAUCAUUGAAGGCAUGUGGAGCAUUUCAACCCAUGUAUCGUCCAUUCUUAGAUUUUCCCUUCUCAAAAUGGAAUUGGAAAAAAAAACAAAAAAAAAAAACUGUGCUUCGUCUGUGUCAAAACCAAAAGGGGAAAACAGAAAAUUCAAGUCUUUUGUUUUGUUUUUUGUGAUAUUUACGGACAACCCAGGGAAUCAAAGAAGGAACGAUACAUGGGUUCAUUUAGGUCAAAGCACCACUGUGCCUUAGAACAGAACAUUUUUCCCAGGUUGGCGACGGAUCGUCCAAUCAUUGCGCUCAGUUUGCUGCCAGUGAGUCUUUUCUUCAUCAUCACAGAGCUGCUAAACUAACAAAUUAGAUAAGGAUCAAUUAGCAUUAAUAUUUUUCAAUGAUGCAUUUUGUGUUUAGAAUUUGUAUUCGAAACUGUUUUUAAAUUGAGUAAAUAUUUACUUGCUUUUUCUUUCUUUUGAGCAAAAAAAGGGGUUUUGUAUACAACCAAGAAUCUGUGGAAAUACAUUCUUCGUGGUUUGAAUUUUUGAAUUUUUGAAUUGAAGGAAACAUCCUCAAAUGGUAAAUAAAAAAUAUUACGGGUAACAGUCUGAGGGGACUCAGUGAGUCAUGACACAUGAUCAAGGAGCAAAGGCAAAUCAUACGCUGCCCUCUGGUGGACAUUUCCGGUACUUUGCCGGUUUUUAAAGAGUAAAUUCUCACAGCAACACAGUGCAAUGGAAACAGCUUUGUCUCUUUGGGGGGAAACUUUUCGGCUUUUCUGCCACAGAUGCAUCAUAAUGGAGAGUCUCAACCUUCAGAGAGCAGCUCAGUUAAAUGUGAUAUUUGCUGCAUGUUUCUGCUUGAUGCAAUUUUAUGUUCAUUGAUACUGCUGAAGUGCUGUAAUUCGUAUCUGUAUUAAAGUGUUUUGUAAGAACCUA